AUGUUUCGAGUGCAUUGCAACAAGUGCUUUCGUCAUCGCAAAACUGAUCCGGCCGUGCCCUUUCACCUGACCCAGUGUCGGCACGUCAUCUGCGGCCCAUGUUUGGGCCAAUCCUCGCAAGAAAGGAUCUGCCCUCUGUGCGGACGGGCGCUCAAAACGAUCCAGAUCAACCGGGACAUGCCCACCUGCGUGGCCAACUACUUCGAGGAUCCCCUGCGCUUCCAGCAGAUCUACCGCAAGAUCAGCAAGUUCCAGGCAGACCAGCGGGCAUCGGACAACCUGGGUUUCUACCGCCAGUUGCAGCAGCAGGAGCAGAAUAAGCGCCAGUUGGAGGGCUUUUGCAAGAUGGAGGCGCAGCUGAACCAGAAGGUCGUGGAGGAAAAGAAGCGUAUCGCCGAACUGCGCACCUACAUCGCUUACCACGAGGAUGCGGAGAAGAGGCGCCGGCACAGCACGGACGAAAGAUUCCAUACGCCGGAGUUCAAGGAAGCCUGGAACACAUCUGUCAGCACUUCGGACCAAACCCAGUCGGAUAAGCCUUCCGAUAGCUUCUGCCCAGACGCGGAUAUGGAUUCCCGCCCAACGCGGAGAAGAUCCUUUGGCGGUAACACUAAAGACUUUCGCCUUUAG